AUGGGGUUCAUCGAGAAGCUACAGUCAAAGAUCGAGCUUUACCGUCUCGAGCAGCGGUACACGCGCCGCAAGCACCGGAGCACCUUCCACUCGGGCGUACAGUACGUCGAUGGUGAAUACGUCUACAACAACGCGGGCUCCCCGACAUCCACAGGUACCGUUUCUAAGAGUUCCACUGGCAGCCACUGGAAACCACCUGGCUGGGGCAACAGCGUGGACUCCCGAUGGCGGUGA